AUGUACCAUCAAGAUCUUCUUUAUUGUCGUCGUCCAACUGAGCCAAUCGUUCUAAAACGAGAUAAUGAUACACAAUACUGCUAUAAUGAUGGUAAAAUUCAUACAUUCAGUUCAUUGGUGAAUAAUUCCAUCAAUGCGAGUUUUAUUCGACAUAAUUGGAAUUCUGGGAUUGAAAAAAUAGAAGAUUAUAUGAAUUAUGUCACUGAUGAGAUCAAUAAUUAUAUAUGUGAAUGUACAAAUUCGCAAUCAUUUGGAAGACAUUGUGAAUAUAUAUUACCAUUUGGUGCGACAUUCGAAGAAACACUUCAAUGGGAAUUAGAAGAAAGAAGGAAGAAUAAAAAUGACAUGCAGAUAUAUGGUGAUAUUUUAUGUUAUAAAACAAUACUGUGUGAUUCAGGUCUGAUGUGUCUUGAUUGGCGAGAUAUUUGUGAUGGUUUUCAACAAUGUAUGUUCGGUUAUGAUGAAGAAAAUUGUGAUAAAUUAGAAUUUAAUGAAUGUGAAAAUGAUGAAUAUCGAUGUGUAAAUGGAAUGUGUAUACCUGAUCAAUAUUUUCUUGAUGGUGAUUAUGAUUGUAUGGAUACAACAGAUGAAAUUGGUUAUAGAACUGAUUUUGAUUGCACAUUUCAAGAAGUUAAUAUGAAAUGUGAUGAUCGCACGUGUUUAAGACGUCAUUAUUCAUGUGGUGAUGGACAAUGCAUUACCAAUCGUCUAGGUUUCCAGAAAUCCUCGGAGACUUCAGAAACAUGUAAAAGUUAUCGUGAGCAAUAUUACAUGUGUGAAACUCAUGAAGUAAAAAAACAAUGGACUUUACCCAAUGGUAGAUGUUAUUUAGGCGUAGACUAUAAUGAAGUCAAGAUUUCAAACCAAACUAAUAGUGAACUAUGCAUCUAUUUCUUGAAAUGUGUUCUUUCAGAUGGAGCAGAGAAGAACUGUGUCUCUAUGAGUAAUGGUAAGGACUAUACUGAACAAAUAAGAAAGUACUGUCCAUCACCAUUUAUUCAAUAUCCUCAGGGUGCAAUGAUUGGUCCUUACAUUAAUCAUUUUUAUAACAUCCAGCGAUCAUGGAAAGACUACACAGCCGAUGUUAUUAUAAUCAAUGGAACUAUCAAAUGUCGGCAAUAUUUAAUCCAAAAUUAUAUAGAUAUAUCAUAUUAUACAUAUAAAUCUCUUCAGCAAUGGGAAAUGUUCUUCUGCAUGUCUCAAGUAGAGAAUUCUUCUAUUCUUGGAUAUGGUUAUGAUAAGUUUUGCUACAAUGAUUCUCAAACAUUUACAGAUCAACCAUAUAAUGUCAUUGAUGUAUGCAAUAGUACGAAAGAAUGCAUCUCUGCUUAUCGUAUAGCAGAUGGACUCUCUGAUUGCGUAGGUGGAAUUGAUGAAGCUGAGAUCAAUACAAAUUUAGUAUUAAAAACAUGUUUAAGAAUGCGUCGACAUCGUUUUCGAUGUUCUUCUGAACAGCCAACAUGUUUACCUAUUCAUUUUCUCAGUGAUGAUGAUAAUGAUUGUAAUAAUAAUUAUGAUGAAAUACUUCCGGCAAAAUUAAACUACAAUAGUGAAUCAAAUAGUGAUCGCGAAAUUCUUAGGCAAUAUAUUAAACAUUCGUGGGAAGUUGAUAUAGUAUUCCAACCUGUAAAAAAUUUGUUAUUUCGCGCCUAUUGCAAUACGUUUUGGGAUAUAGAAUUUCAGAUAGAUGAAGAUCGUGAAAUUUGUAAACAUUGGUGGAUAUGCUCUAAAGAUCAAUGGCAAUGUUAUUCAGGCCAAUGUAUUGAUGUUAAUUGGGUCCUAGACAGGGUGACCAGAUCUUCCGCUUUUUGCGGAAAAUUUCCGCUUUUCGGCCUUUUUUCCGCAGUUUUUCCGCACUUCCGCUUUUUUCCGCUUUUCGCUGAAAAUGUGAACAUCGUUGUGGAAAGACUAGAACCAGUGGACCAAAUAAAAUUCGAAAUUUCGAUGUUUGACUCAGAAGGUUUCUUUCUCAACGCCAAUUGGCUAAACAGAGUAGCCACUCUUCGUACUAGUGAUGGAUCGAAUUUUUGA